AUGGCUGCACAUUCCAAACUGCUCUCCCCAGACCGCUCGAUCAAACGGAUCCUCUCGAAACUCUCUGCUCUCUACCUCCGUCACCGCAAAGGUGUCUUCCGCACACUCUAUUUCGCCUUCUUCGCUGCCCUGGCCAAACGCGUUCACGAUGCCAUUUCCGAACAGAAAGCCGCUUCCCAGCGCCUGGCGGAUAUCCGCGGGCGUCCAGGGACUAGUAGCCUCCCUGACGGUGGCUCUACCCGGGGGGCAUCUCGGAAUGGUAGCAAGAAGAAAAAUGGCGAGAUUAAUCUAGAGUUCCUCCGGAAUCUGAUCAGGUUGCUGAAGAUUGUUGUGCCUGGGUGGAAGAGCAAGGAGCUGCGCUUGCUCAUUAGCCAUAGCGUCUUUUUGGUCUUGAGGACGUUACUGAGUUUGUAUGUUGCUGAGCUGGAUGGCAGGUUGGUUAGCAACCUAGUCCGGGGGAAGGGGAGGGACUUUCUUUUAGGGCUUGUCUGGUGGAUGGCCGUUGCGGUGCCUGCGACCUUCACAAAUUCCAUGCUUUCCUACCAUCAAUGUAAACUCUCCCUCUCCUACCGAAAACGCCUCACGGAUUAUAUUCAUGACAAAUAUCUCUCAAAUAUGACGUUUUACGCGAUUUCUGCGCUGGAUGACCGGAUUAAGAACCCAGACCAGUUGAUCACUGUGGAUGUUUCACGGUUCUCCAACAGCUUGGCAGAGCUAUAUUCCAACCUUGCUAAGCCGAUCCUCGAUAUGGCCAUCUACAACUAUUCCCUGUCAAAGAGCGUCGGCGGAGAGGGCCUGUUCAUCAUGGGCCUGCUCGUGCAGUUGUCUGCUAAUGCAAUGCGCCUGCUCACACCACCAUUUGGUAAAUAUGUCGCGGAGGAGGCCAGGUUGGAAGGUGAAUUUAGAUUCCUCCAUAACAGACUUCUUGAUUACUCGGAGGAAGUGGCCCUCUACCGCGGUCAUGAGGCGGAGAAGGAUACUUUGGAUAAGGGUUAUUUUACAUUGAUCAGACAUGUGAAUCUCAUUCUACGGAGGCGAUUCUACCACGGGUUCAUGGAGGAUUUUGUUAUCAAAUACUUCUGGGGCGCAUUAGGGUUGAUCCUCUGCAGUAUCCCCGUUUUUUUCAAGCUUCCGGGUCAGAUCGUAAAGACUAUGGGCGAUAGGACAGAAAGCUUCGUUACAAAUCGACGCAUGCUACUCUCCUCUUCCGACGCCUUUGGCCGCUUGAUGUUCUCAUACAAGGAAAUCUCCGAACUUGCCGGCCACACAGCGCGCGUCUCGUCCUUGCUAGAGGUCAUGGAUGACCUCGCAGCGGGCCAUUUCGAAAAGAAGCUUGUUUCCUCGGCGAAGACGGCGGAAAAUGCAGCCGUCCUUGCCGGCCGCGGAACCGAAGAGGAAAGCGACUCGAUUGAAUUCAGCGACGUACCCAUUGUCUCUCCCAAUGGCGACGUCCUGGUCCGCAAACUCUCCUUCACCGUCCAUCAAGGUGAUCAUCUUCUCAUCGUCGGUCCUAACGGCUGUGGAAAAUCGUCCCUCUUCCGAAUCCUUGGCGGUCUCUGGCCUGUCUACGGUGGCACCGUGAAGAAGCCCCGCUUUGAGGAGAUCUUCUACAUCCCACAACGUCCCUAUCUAUCCCGUGGCACUCUACGCCAGCAGGUGAUAUACCCCGACAGCACGCCCGAAAUGUUCGCCAAGGGCAUCACAGACGCGGACCUAUACGACAUCCUCUGCACGGUUGAGAUUGCCUCCGUCGUCGACCGCCCCGGCGGAUGGGACGCGGAGGAAGAAUGGCGUGACGUCCUCUCAGGCGGCCUUCAGCAGCGCAUCGCAAUGGCCCGACUCUUCUACCACCGACCCAAGUUCGCGAUUCUGGAUGAGUGCACUUCAUCCGUAACGCUGGAUAUCGAGAAGGUCAUGUAUGAAACGGCUAAGGAGUUAAAUAUCACGCUCAUGACGGUCUCUCACCGACGGAGUCUAUGGAAGUACCAUAGGAAGAUCCUCCAAUUUGACGGACAGGGCGGGUACAUUUUCACGGAUCUCGAUUGGGAGAGGCGGCUGAGACUGGAAGAUGAGAAAGAGGAACUGGAUAUUCAGCUCCGCGCGGUCCCAGAAUUAGAGAAACGGAUUGCCGAAUUGAGUGCUUGA